AUGGAAGCGAUAACAACGGCCCAGUUGCGGCCAACCAAAGUGAUUUGGGUCGAAACCAUCGGAACAUACGUUCUCGGAGGUGGGGACAACUAUCAGCUGAACAGCCGCACACGAACUGGCAGUGAAAAACUGAUCGAGAGGAAAAAGCAAAUUGCAAUAGAAGCACGGAAACGGGCAGUUUCAUAUCGGAAUACGGGCAUAGCAACGAAUUCCCAUUCAUACGAUGCGAAGAGACAGCAUAAUCAGGCCUUAAAGCCUCUCUACGAAAGACAAAUCAAACUCCCCAUUUGCAGCUUUUUACUCUCAAUUCUCAACUCUCAAAUAGAAAACCGCAACCCACAAUUUGCAACUCUCAAACCGCAGCCCCCAAACCCCAUCACGCCACGCUCAACCAACAACAAGACACCCUCAGCUCUCAAUAUUAAGUCUUCUACUCAUCACUUCCAACUCUCAGCUCUCAGAACCACAUUUCCAAGCCCCAUUUCCCAACUCUCAACAAUGCACCUUCUACUCCCAACUGGCGACCUUCACUUCUCACCAUUUCAUCCUUCUCAGCUGGGCCAACGUGGGGCUUUUAACGGUAACGUCGCUCGUAGCAAAAGCACUUGGCCUACAAUCUCCUCAAGGAUUGAGGAAGAGAUGCUUGGGGCAACCGAGUCAACUGGCACAGAUCGGGCUUGUUUCAAUCAGCCUAUACCAGACGAGGUACCAGUUUGGGUGGAUUUGUAG